GAGCAGUGGGGCUGGGCCUGGAAGCAGUGGGGCUGGGGACUGGAAGCAGUGGGGCUGGGAGCAGCAGAUCACAUAUCUGGUGCCUCCCACGCUGUGGCCAGUGCCCUCGGCCCCGAAGUGGCUUUCACCGACUCCCCAUCCCCUCCCCGUCCCCAUUUCUGCCCUUUGGGCCCUGCUCAGGGUCUGGGCGUUAACUGCUGCACGAAGAGGCCCAUUAGGGCUCUCCGGUGACUCACUGUUCUAGCAGUGCCCCUGGGUGCGGGCAUCUUCCAGCCCAGACAACUCGGCUAUAACGUCUCAGAGGAGCAGCCGCGUCAGUCUGUAUCCGCAAAAAGAACAGGAGGACUUGUGGCACCUUAGAGACCAACCAAUUUAUUUGCGCAUAAGCUUUCGUGAGCUACAGCUCACUGCAUCGGAUGCAUUCAGUGGAAAAUACCGUAACAUGGAGCUUGUGCCAUGACGUCUGGACCCCAGAGCGUGCCUCAAGUUUUCAAUCCUCUCCUUACUGGGCCUGGGCUGCCAGCCACAGGGCCUUUUUCCUUCUGCUCUGGCUCUGCACAGCCCGGGGCUGGAGAGACACACAGCCCAGCAGCUUGGCAGCCCCUAGGCCAUGUCCACAUUGGCAAACAGUGUUUAGCUUGUAUCACGUUCACAGUGCGGACGGACAGCCGUCGAGUGGGUCGAGGGAAAGCCCAGGGGGAGCCGAGGGCUAGGCACCAGGGGUUAAAACACACCUUUUUCCUAGGGAAGACAAGGCCUGUGGAAUCAAGAGAGACGAGGUGGGGGAGGGAAUAUCUUUUACUGGACCAGAGUCUGUGGGUGAGAAACAAGCUUCCGAGCUGCUCAGAGCUCUUCGACAGGUCUGGGGAACAAAUCAGACCGGCUCCCAGCAAGAGUCCCCGUUGUACCCAACCCGCACGACAGCGGGCACUACCCAGCGGCCGUGCUGGCAGCCAAACUCCCCUCUCCGUUGGUGCGAGAUCCCCAGCGAGGAUGGGGGAGCCUGGCUCUCAGGUCAUACGUCUGGUGUUGCACAGGGGUGUGGACCGCGGCAGGGAGGUGCUUUCACGGGGCCCCAGAUCCCCAAAGGGACUGAGCUGAGGGGGUGCGCGUCCUGGUGUCAGGGGGUGUGCAGGUGAUGGGCCAGUCUCCGGGAUGCUGGGCUAGUAACCCCAGCCAGGCUGCCUCUGCCCCGCUCUCCCCUCCCCGGCACUGGCUGCUGCCCCCUGGCACACGAGGGGCAGCUCUGCCCCGAGGGUGCCAGCCCCCUCCUCUGUCUGCAGGCGCAGGGGGGCAGCCCUGUCCCCCCUCCACGUGCCAGCCCCUCGCCCCUACCCCGGGAGCAUGCGCACCGCUCCCUGCCUCAGCUCGGCUCCUCCGUGCGCCCCCCCGCCGCAGCGUGGGGUGUUCGCCGCCGCCGCGCUGCCGUCGGGACCGGAGCCCGGCCGGGGGCGGCCGGAGCCAUGGCGGAGGGCGAGGAGCUGCAGACCUUCACCUCCAUCAUGGAUGCGCUCGUCCGGAUCAGUACCAGCAUGAAGAACAUGGAACGGGAGCUGAUCUGCCCUGUCUGCAAGGAGAUGUACAAGCAGCCGCUGGCCCUGCCCUGCAUGCACAAUGUCUGCCACGUCUGUGCCAGUGAGAUCCUCGUGCAGCAUGGCUACAUCUGCUGUGACCCCAGUUCGGAGCCCACCUCGCCUGCCUCCACACCGGCCACCCGCAGCCCCCGCAUGGGCCGCAGGGUCGUCCCCAAACCCGACCGCUUGGAUCGGCUCCUCAAGUCAGGGUUUGGCACCUACCCGGGCCGGAAGCGGGGGGCCGUGCACCCCCAGACCGUCAGCUUCCCGUGCCCGUCCUGCCAGCGGGAUGUGGACCUGGGCGAGCGGGGCCUGGGCAACCUGUUCCGGAACCUGACGCUGGAGCGGGUCGUGGAGCGGUACCGCCAGACCAUCAACAUCAGCACCGCCAUCGUGUGCCAGUUCUGCAAACCCCCCCCGCUGGAGGCCACCAAGGGCUGCACCGAGUGCAAGUCGAGCUUCUGCAACGAGUGCUUCAAGCUCUACCACCCCUGGGGCACCCAGAAGGCCCAGCACGAGCCCACGCCACCCACCCUCAACUUCCGGCCCAAGGGUCUGAUGUGUCCGGAGCACAAGGAGGAGGUGACUCACUACUGCAAGACCUGCCAGCGGCUGGUGUGCCCGCUGUGCCGUGUGCGCCGCACUCACGCCAGCCACAAGAUCACGCCUGUGCUGAGCGCCUACCAGGCCCUGCGGGAGAAGCUGAUGAAGAGCCUCACCUACAUCCUGAGCAGCCAGGACACGGUGCAGAUGCAGAUCGCAGAGCUGGAGGAGACGGUGAAGCACACCGAGGUGAAUGGGUCCCAGGCCAAGGAGGAGGUUUCCCAGCUGAUACGGGGCCUGUGCACGGUGCUGGAGGAGAAGCAGACGGCCCUGCUGCAGGCCAUCCAGGAGUCCCAGCAGGAGCGGCUGGCCAGCCUGCACCACCAGAUCCAGGAGCACCGGGCCAUGCUGGAGAACUCGGGCAUGGUGGGCUACGCCCAGGAGGUGCUGAAGGAGACCGACCACCCCUGCUUUGUCCAGGCAGCCAAGCAGCUGCACAGCAGGAUCCUCAGGGCCACAGACUCGCUGCAGAGCUUCCGGCCUGCCGCCACUUCGUCCUUCAGCCGCUUCCAGCUGGACCUCGGCAGAGAGAUGAAGCUGCUCACGGACCUGACCUUUAUCAAAGCCCCUGAGGCGCCGGUGAUCGACACGCAGCGCACCUACGCCUACGACCAGAUCUUCCUGUGCUGGCGCCUGCCCCAGCUCUCGCCGCCCGCCUGGCACUUCACCGUGGAGUACCGCAAGAGCGACGCCAAGGCCAAGGCGCUCAAGCUGUGGCAGCGGCGUGAGGAAGUGCGGGGCACCAGCGCCCUGGUGGAGUACCUGGACACGGACAGCGUCUACGUGCUGAGAGUGAAGGGCUGCAACAAGGCCGGCUUCGGGGAGUACAGCGAAGAUAUCUACCUGCACACGCCGCCCGCACCAGUCCUGAGCUUCUUCCUCGAUAACCGCUGGGGCUUCAACCGGGAGCGCCUGGCCAUCAGCAAGGACCAGCGGGCCGUGCGUAGUGUACCUGGCCUGCCCAUGCUCUUUGCCGCUGAGCGCCUCAUGACCAGCUGCCACCUCUCCAUCGACCUGCUCAUCGGCGACGUGGCCGUCACGCAGGGCCGCAGUUACUGGGCCUGCUGCGUGGACCCCAGCUCCUACCUGGUCAAGGUGGGCGUGGGGCUGGAGAGCAAGCUGCAGGAGUGGUUCCAGGUGCCACAGGACGUGGUGAGCCCCAGGUACGACCCAGACAGCGGGCAUGACAGUGGGGCGGAGGACGCCACCGUGGACGCGCCCCCCCCAUACGCCUUCCUGACCAUCGGCAUGGGCAAGAUCCUGCUGCCCCAUGGCUCGGCCCUCACCUCCCGCGACCCCAGCGGCUGCACCAUCCCCCUGCCCCCCCGCAUCGGCGUCUGCCUGGACUACGAGCGGGGCAAGGUGAGCUUCUACGACGCUGUCUCCUUCCGUGGCCUGUGGGAGUGCGGCGUGGACUGCUCGGGCCCCGUCUGCCCGGCCUUCUGCUUCAUCGGGGGCGGGGCCCUGCAGCUGCAGGAGCUGGUGGCCAGCAAACAGGAGCGCAAAGUGACCAUCGGGGGCCUCUCCAAGCUGGACUGAGCCGGCCCUGGCACACGCCGGCCGGGGUGGCCCCGGGGCCAGCUGCCGGCAGUGGGAUUCCGCGUCGCGGACAUGCCACCAGGAGGAGCCGCCUGAGCCCUGCCCUCCGACCGGCGUGGGAGUUUGGCUCUGGGGAGCACUGAGCUCCGGCCUGUGGGGUUAACGAGGGGGGCCGCAGAGCUGACGGGGAGCGGAGCGAGGCUCUGACAUGGGGCCAGUUUAGGGCCUCGGCCCCCGGGCCCGGAGCGCAGGCUGCAGUGACGGCAGAAGGGCGGCAUAGGGCAGACCCCUGCCAGUGUGUGACCCAGCCAUGAGCUGAGGCCUCGGGGGCCAGGAGAGCCCGGCUCUGCUCCCCAGCGUCUCCAUGCUGGGCUUGUGAAUCCUUCCUGUUCUGUUGGAUUGCGGGGGGAAGGUUGGGGCCUGCUGCUCCCCCUCACCGCCCUCCCACCAAAACCUCUCCCCUCCCACCCCCAGCUCCUCUCCACGGCCUGCCAGGGGCUCCCACCUGAAAUGAUGCCCUCUCCAGCACGUUUAACCCUGGAGUCUGAGCUGUGGGCGCUGAGGGCACCGGGCAGAGCCUGGCAGUGCCCCUGAACCAACCCCCAUCCUGCCAGGCUCUGGCCUGAGGAUGGGCCGGGCCUGGGUGCGUGUCACGUUCCCGAGAUCCUCCUUCCACAUGGACCAGGGCGCAGCAGCCAGCCGCUGUGCCCGGGCCUGAGAGGGGGAGCUGGGUGGGGCCGAGCUGGGGAGCUGCCUGAGCCCCGGGCUGGGCCGGGGGAGGUUGGGCUGGGUUGGGCACAGGGUGAUUGUAGACAUGGCUCGUUGACCCAGCCAGCCCAGCUGCUGCCCAGAGCCAGGGCUCGUCCUGCCCCCUGCAUCUGGGCUCAUCCUGCCGCUCCCUCAGCACGGCUCUGCAGAGGGAGCGGGUGACGGCGGAGGGGUGCUGGGAGGGCACCAGGCUGCAGAAUGAAGCUCCCUCCCCAGGCUGGGGCCUGCUGGAAACAUCCCGUCAAGUGCGAGGGAGGAUGGGAGAGCACGGAGGGGGUCUCACCCCGACCCCCACGCUGCCAUGCGGGGAGCUCCCCACGUGGGCCCAGCCCUGCCCUGCUGCACCUGUCCUGCGAAGCCCCUACAGCACCGGCAUGAAGUGUCUGCACCCGCUGCCCUGCACGCGCCUCCUUCCGGGGGACAGGGGGGCUAGUGCAGCUUCACCUCCACAAACAGCAAAGCGCCAAGGAGCAAAUCCACCCGCUUCUAUUCUUCCCCAGCCUGUGCCAUGGGCAGGGGGCAGGCGUUGGGCUGGCUGGGGAUGGCAGGGCCGAGGCCUCUCGGGGCCUGGGCUCCGGCACUGGGAGCUCCCAGAGUUUCCGUGGGGUCUCAUGGGGUCUGUACUGUGCAAUCGCUGUAUUUUCAUGGUUUCCUACAAUAAACUGCAAUGCCAGAGA